AUUGAUGAGUUACAAAAAGAAUUCGAAUCAAUUAACAAGAAAGUUGAUGAUUUAAAGAUAGAAAAAAUCAAUGCAACAUCACAAUACGUUUUUCUGAAAAAAGAAUAUGAAACAUUUCAAGAUUUUCAUAAUCGACAAAUGAAGGAACAAUUUAGUAUCGAAGAUACAAUUAGAAUACAGCUCGAAAAGCUUAAACAAGAGAAUGAAAGACUGGAAUCUUUACUUAACUCAGGUGAAUCUUAUGGCUUGGAUGCUGCUGAAAUCGAAUCGAGUAGUUUGGAAGAAUUGUCUCAAGAUACUAUUAAAGGUUGA